AUGGCAGGACGUUCUCUUCUUGCUUAUGGCCAUGAACGCAAGCUGCAUGUGGGCAUCGGCCGCGCGCACUUCGAGAAGCAGCCGCCCAGCAACCUGCGCAAGUCCAACUUCUUCCACUUCGUGAUCGCGCUGUACGAUCGCGCGGGCCAGCCCGUCGAGAUCGAGCGCACCGCCUUCAUCGGGUUCAUCGAGAAGGACCAGGAGACGGAAGGCCAGAAGACAAACAACGGUAUCCAGUACAGGCUGCAGCUGCUCUACGCCAAUGGCGUGCGGCAGGAGCAGGACAUCUACGUGCGGCUCAUCGACUCCGUAACCAAACAGGCCAUUAUGUACGAGGGACAGGACAAGAACCCCGAGAUGUGCCGGGUGCUGCUUACGCACGAAGUCAUGUGCAGCCGGUGCUGCGAUAAGAAGAGCUGCGGCAACCGCAACGAAACGCCCUCUGACCCCGUCAUCAUCGACAGGUUCUUCCUGAAGUUUUUCCUCAAGUGCAAUCAGAACUGCCUGAAGAACGCCGGGAAUCCACGGGAUAUGCGGAGGUUCCAGGUGGUGAUCUCGACGCAGGUGGGCGUGGACGGCCCGCUGCUCGCCAUCUCGGACAACAUGUUCGUGCACAACAACUCCAAGCACGGCCGGCGCGCCAAGCGGCUCGACCCCGCCGAAGGCUUGUACCCUCCCCUUCCCGUAGCCACCCCCUGCAUCAAGGCCAUCAGUCCGAGCGAAGGCUGGACGUCCGGGGGCUCCACCGUCAUAAUCAUCGGCGACAACUUCUUCGACGGUCUGCAGGUCGUCUUCGGGACCAUGCUCGUAUGGAGCGAGCUGAUAACGUCGCACGCGAUCCGCGUGCAGACGCCCCCGCGACACAUACCGGGCGUCGUCGAGGUGACGCUGUCCUACAAGUCCAAGCAGUUCUGCAAGGGCGCGCCGGGACGCUUCGUCUACGUCUCGCUAAACGAGCCAACCAUCGACUAUGGCUUCCAACGCCUUCAGAAACUCAUCCCCAGGCACCCAGGAGACCCGGAGAAGCUGCCAAAGGAGAUAAUCCUGAAGCGCGCGGCCGACCUGGCGGAGGCGCUGUACAGCAUGCCGCGCAACAACCAGCUGGGGCUGUCUGCGCCGCGGUCGCCGCCCGCCGCCGCCAACGGCAUGCCCUCCGGCUUCAACACCUACACCGGCCAGCUCGCCGUCAGCGUCCAGGACGCGCCCUCCGCCGCCCAGUGGACGGAAGAGGAGUACGGCCGCGCGCAGAGCAGCAGCGUGUCGCCCCGGGGAGGCGGCUACGGCUCCAGCGCCUCCACGCCGCACUCCUCCAACGGCGGGGGCGGCGGAGGCGGCGGCGGAGGCGGCUCGUACGGAAACUCGUCCGGGGGCGGCGCGGGGGCGGCGGGCAGCGCGGGCGGCGCGGGCAGUGGGGCGGCCGGAGGCGGCGCGGCCGCCAUCAACGGCGCCGCCUACGCCGCCUCCGCAGGCGGAGCCGCCCUCUCGUCCAUGGGAUCGCCCUCAUCCGCCAGCCUCUUCAACUCCUCGCCCAGAGUGGGAGGCCUGGCAUCUCCGUUCGCCACGAUGAACCCGUUCGGGCUGUCCACGUGCAACUCGCAGUCGUACAGCCCGCUGCUCAGCUCGACGGGCAAGUAG